UUUGUCCACUUGGAACUUACAAAUCAUUGGUUGGCGACGAACGAUGUGCCAGCUGUCCCUUGCACAGUGCUGCCAUCUAUAAAGGAUCCAUUGAAUGUCCUUGUGAGGAUGGUUAUUAUCGAGCACCAGCAGAUCCUAAACAUUUCCCUUGUUCUCAACCUCCUUCAGCUCCUCAAAGUUUAUUGGUCAGUUUUGUUGACCAGUCCACAGUCAUUUUGACUUGGCAGCCACCCAUACACUCUGGAGGCCGGAAUGACACCACCUUUAGGGUUGUAUGUGAUGCAUGCAGUAAUGCCGUUUCGUAUGUGCCCUCUCAUACCGGCUUUACAGAAACGAAAGUCACAAUUUCUGGUCUAAACCCCGCAACGACGUAUGGGUUCCAGAUACAUGCUGAAAAUGGUGUUUCUAGCUACAGUAGCAGUCAGUUUGUGGACAUAGCGGUAACAACAGCUGCUUCAGUUUACCAUGUUUCUACCACAACGUCCUGGGUGGUUCAAAAUGUCAGGAUUAUCACUGUUAAGAGUACAAGUAUUAUCUUGACCUGGAACCCUCCAGGUGACCCUUUCACUUCCACAGAGCUGUACCAAGUUCGUUACUUUAAACGUGGAGAGGAAAAAAACUCAUCUACCAUUUUAACGAAGAAACCAGAGUCUUCUGUAUCUGGACUGAACCAUAAGACUGAGUAUGGAUUCCAG